GGAAGUGUGUCUAACUACUCCUCUAUAUUCUCUUUAAUACCUGAAUAUCAGGGAAGCGUAUCUAACUACUCCUCUAUAAUCUCUUUAAUACCUUAAUAUCAGGGAAGCGUGUCUACCUACUUCUCUAUAUUCUCUUUAAUACCUGAACAUCAAGGAAGUGUGUCUAACUACUCCUCUAUGUUCUCUUUAAUACCUGAAUAUCAAGGAAGUGUAUCUAACUGCUCCACCAUAUUCUCCUUAAUACCUGAGUAUCAGGAAAGCGUAUUUAACUACUCCUCUAUAUUCUCUUUAAUACCUGAAUAUCAGGGAAGUGUGUCUAACUACUCCUCUAUAUUCUCUGCUAAUGCUGGAGGUCUGGUCAGCAGCGGGAUCAACCAGAUCAGCAAUACCCUCGGCAGGAAGAAAAGGCAGGCUGUAACGCCAGCUCCUGUAACAACAACUAUGAACCCUGAAACUGAAUACUAUUGUCUCAAGCAUGUUAUCCUCGGCACCAAUACUCGCUCCUGUGCUCCGAAGAGUUUUUUGAAUCUGACCAGCCCUCUGUGCAAAACUGCGACAAUUGGAGAUGUUUGCGCGUGCAACAAUGUGGAUUUCUGCAAUACAGGAGCGAUGCCAAUGGCUGGACUUCUGCUUAUUCUAGCCUGCCUUGCCAUCUUUGCUUAAUUACAAUAUUUAUUUAUUAAAAAAAUUAAUCGAUUUCAAAAUUUAUUUUGCCUUUAAAAUGUAAUUUCAAUUGAGUAAUUUUAAGAAAAAAAAAUAUGUGUAAUAGAAUGACAUGAAUGUAAAUGAAUGACACAAUUUUCGACAGAUUUUCUCAAAUUUUAACUUAAUUCCAGUAAAAUUUUCGCGUUAUUAAUGUAAAUAAAUUUUAAUGUACCUUUGCUCGGAAAUUAGAAAACGUCAGAAAACAUAAGAAAUACAAAAAUGCUAACAAAAAAAAUAAUAAAAACUUUUAAGAUAAGAAACGCAAACCUAAAAAAUAAGAAAUACAGAAUUGUGAAUAAAAAAGUUGGACAAAUCUUUUGCACAUGAAAUUAACAAUAGAUGAUACUAUAGACAAAUUUUUGUCGUCUUUGCACUUUCUCUAUUUAUAAACACCGCAAGAGAUUUUUUUGUAGAAGCGUUUGAAUUAUCACAAAAAUUACAGACUUUUUCUUUUCUUAUUCAUAAUAAUAAUUGAUAAUAUAUAAUCAUUCAUACCGCAAAGUUACAAUUAUAAUAUUUUUCAAAUUUUUGCAAUCACGUAAAUCAUACACGUUAAUUGUGAAAAUAAAUGUUUUUUGAUAAGAAAU